AUGGGCUGGACAGCCUGCUCGAAGCAAGGGAAGGAAGCGAACUUCGGACGCUUGGAGGGCCAUCCUGAGUUGAAGGUGGUGGACCUCAAGCAGGAGGCUGGGUUGGUCUCUUCCAGUGACGGCUCCCCGCUGGACUUCGCCAAGUAUCCGUUGGGCACCAUCCUCCGACUGGAGCCCUUCCAUUCCUGCGCCCACACCAAGCAGCACGACCGGAUACACGUCCUUGCAGAGGACAAGAUGACCGUCGUAGCUACCUGGAAGAUAUGUCGCGGAUGGUGA